UCCGAGGACGAGGGCGCGGAGGGGUACCGGAAGGGCGGAUACCACCCCGUCGCCGUGGGCGAUACCUACAAGGACGGCCGGUACGUCGUCCGGGAGAAGCUGGGGUGGGGCCACUUCUCCACCGUGUGGAUAUGCGACGACGUCGCCACGGGUGCAAAGGUGGCGCUCAAGGUGCAAAAGAGCGCGGCGCACUACACCGAGGCGGCGAGGGACGAGAUCACCAUCCUCGACAAGAUCGCCGCGGUGGUCAGGCUGGUGGACUCGUUCGAGCACAAGGGACCGAACGGCACGCACGUGUGCAUGUGCUUCGAGGUGCUCGGCGAUAACCUCCUCGCGCUCAUCAAGCGGUACGAUUACCGCGGUAUCCCGAUGCGCGCGGUGAAGGCCAUCUGCAGGGACGUCCUGGCGGGUCUGGACUACCUCCACAGCCGCAAGAAGAUCAUCCACACCGAUCUCAAGCCCGAGAACGUGCUGCUGAGAAAGCCGCUGCCCAAGCCCGAGACCGAGACCGAGACCGAGACCGAGACCGAGACCGCGCGGGACAUGGACGUGGACGUGGACGGCGCAUCGGGUGAGGCCAGGGUUGAGGGGGGAGGAGCUUCCGGUCAGGUUCCGGGUGAGGCGGCGAUGACUCCGGAGCUCGCCGCAAUUCACCUCAACGGCGAAGCCGACGCGGACGGCGGUAAGGAACUCACCAAGAACCAGAAGAAGAAGGCCAAGAAGAAGGCCAAGAAGGUUGCGGAGUCCAACGGCGACGCGAACGUCUCGAAGGGCGGCGAAGCGACGAAGAAGAGCGGCGAGGGCGACGAUGAGGAGGAGGAGGAGAAGCGGAAAAAGGCGAAGGGUAGGAAGCGCCGGGGCCCGCCGCCGUCGACCGAGGACCUCGAGAACAUGCAGUCGGUCAUCGUCGACCUCGGUAACGCGUGCUGGACGUACAAGCAGUUCACGCAAGACAUCCAGACCCGGCAGUACCGGUGCCCCGAGGUUAUCCUGGGCGCCAAGUACUCGACUCCCGCGGACGUGUGGUCCCUGGCUUGCAUGGCGUUCGAGCUCGCCACCGGCGACCUCCUCUUCGACCCGAGGAGCGGCAAGGAUUACGACCGCGACGAGGACCACCUCGCGCUGAUGAUGGAGCUCAUCGGUCGGAUGCCCAAGCGGAUCGCCACCAACGGCAAGUACUGCCGCGAUUUCUUCACCAGGAACGGCGAGCUCAGGCACAUUCGAUCGCUCAAGUUUUGGCCCCUCAAGGACGUGCUCACGGAAAAGUACGGCUUCGCCGACGCCGACGCCGCGGCGAUGUCGGACUUUCUGAUGCCCAUGCUGGACUUUUCCCCCGAGCACAGGGCCACCGCGGGGGAGAUGCUGAUGCACCCGUGGCUC